AUGCCUGCUCAACCACAAAUCAUCAAAACGUCUCACAAGCCAAUAGAAGAUUGCGAUCGUGGAAACAUUUUGACGUUCUUGGAAACCAAUCCAAACAAAAUUCCCGAUUCCAAACCUGUUUUCGUUCGUGUUGCAGAUGGUAAAGCAGUCACCCGUGCACAGGCAAAACAAGAUGCUCGUCGAUUGGCUUUCGUUUUGCGAAACAAGUUUGGCUUGAAGGAAGGCGACAGGAUUGCAAUCUUUAGUCCAAACAGUACAAUCUACCCUAUCGCAGUCUAUGCCGGAUUUGCAUCGGGUGUAGUUCUCACUCCAAUGAGUCCUGCUUACAAUGCCGAAGAGCUCGUUCACCCUCUAACCGAUUCGGGAAGUCAAUUCAUCCUCUGUCAUCCCGCCAAUCUAUCCGUUGCACGCAAAGCACUUCAACUUGCAGGCAUUUCUCCAAAGAAGGAUGGCUUGAACAGAAUCUGGCUCUUGGACGAUGGCGAUAACAUGGCAACCGCUCAAGAUGGUGACGAACAGGAUAUCCGUACCUUACUUUCCGAUUCUACCCUUGAACCAAUCACAGUCAAGGAUGGCAAAGAGCGAACAGCACUAAUCUGCUACAGUAGUGGAACGAGUGGAAAGCCAAAAGGUGUUGAACUUACACACAGAAAUAUGACGGCCGUCACUGCUGCAAUGGUGGAUGGACUUAAGCCUGACUUUCAACCAACGGAUGUCGUUUUGGGUGUCUUGCCUUUCCAACACAUCUUUGGAAUGGCAAAAUUCAUUCAUUUUGCUUUGUAUAGCGGAAUGACUGUGGUGGUUAUGCCCAAGUUUGACUUGAAAGUGUUCCUUGAAGCUGUGCAAAAGUACAAAGUCACUCUUGGAAUUCUUGUUCCGCCAAUCUUGGUUCUUUUGGCAAAAGACCCUUCAAUCUCGAAAUACGAUCUCUCCUCCUUGCGAGUCAUCAUGUCUGGAGCAGCACCUCUAUCGGCUCAGCUCGGUGACGAAGUCCAAGUUCGUAUUCCAAGCGCAAAAGUUACUCAAGGUUAUGGAUUAACCGAAACUUCUCCCACUUCUCAUUACACUAGCGUUUCAAAUUAUGCAAACAAUAAAGGAAGUUGUGGUCAGUUGAUGCCAUGUGUUGAAGCUCGUCUCGUGGAUGAAGAAGGCCGCGAUGUAGGUAAUGAGCAAGGCCCAUUCGGAGAACCAGGAGAGAUUUGGCUUCGUGGUCCAACGAUCAUGAAAGGAUAUCUGAACAACCCCGAAGCCACAAAAGAUGCAAUCACACCUGAAGGAUGGUUCAAGACGGGUGAUGUUGGAAUCUACAAGAACGGUCACUUUUUCAUCGUUGACCGUAAGAAAGAAUUAAUCAAAUAUAAGGGAUUCCAAGUUGCUCCAGCAGAAAUUGAAGCAAUGUUACUCACCCAUCCAAAAGUGGCUGAUUCAGCAGUGAUUGGAGUGUACAAACCUUCAGAGGCAACUGAAUUACCAAGAGCUUAUAUUGUUCCACGAGCAGAUGCGGGAAUUGACCUAAAGAACAAAGAACAAGUUCAAGCUUUCAGUGAUGAAGUUCGACAAUGGUUCGAUAGCAAGGUUGCCAACCACAAAAAACUACGUGGUGGCAUUUGCGUUGAACCAAUCAUUCAAAAGAGCCCAAGUGGAAAGAUUCUCCGAAGACUGUAUCGAGACCGUAUUUUGGAAGAGGCAAAAGCCGCCGAAAAGGCUGCAAAAGCCUAA